UCACAGCCGGCGUGAGUGGACGGGCGGAUAGGCGUGCUGGUGGGGCUGACAAGCGGGGAACAAGCAGGCAGGCACGCUCCGCUUUUUUGGUGUUCCAUCCAUCCAUCAUGGCAUCCAAAUGCCCCAAGUGCGACAAGACCGUCUACUUCGCUGAGAAAGUGUCUUCCUUGGGAAAAGACUGGCACAAGUUCUGUCUGAAAUGUGAGCGAUGCAACAAGACCCUGACCCCUGGUGGGCAUGCUGAGCAUGAUGGGAAGCCUUACUGUCACAAGCCCUGUUACGCAACAUUGUUUGGACCAAAAGGUGUGAAUAUCGGAGGAGCAGGUUCCUACAUCUAUGAUAAGCCCCAGACUGAAGGACAGUUGGUGAAAGGUCCUAUUGAGCAUAUAUCCAAAGUGGAAGAGAAGAAAGUGAGCACUGCAUCUAGGGGACCCAGCAAAGCCUCCAGCAUUACCACCUUCACUGGAGAGCCCAAUGUCUGCCCGCGGUGCUCUAAGAAGGUCUAUUUUGCUGAGAAGGUGACCUCGCUGGGCAAGGACUGGCACCGCCCCUGCCUACGUUGUGAGCGCUGUGGCAAGACCCUAAUCCCUGGAGGCCAUGCUGAGCAUGAUGGGCAGCCUUAUUGCCACAAACCAUGCUAUGGGAUCCUGUUUGGACCAAAAGGAGUGAACACGGGUGCUGUUGGAAGUUACAUCUAUGAUAAAGACUCUGAGGCAAAGGACCAACCUUGAGAGCUUUUUCUGCCUAACCACUCCAUGUGCUUAGCCCACUUGCACUGCAUUCUAUUGACUAACCUCCUAGUGUGUUUAGGUAUAGUGAAGCCAGCUGCUGGCUCAGCUCUAUAGCAGCAGUUGAGGAGAUAGCUCCACUUGUUUUGUUGUCUCUUAUCUGGCCUCGUCAGCAUUCUGUUCCCUCCUCCAUUUUAUAAUGCUGUGCUAUAAAAGUACACAGAACUGCUGCUCUCUUGUUGACCUCUUUUGCUAAUUCACCCCUCCAGCCCAUAUGAAUUCUAGGCAAACUUCUCGGUUGCCUUUUUUUAUUUGGCUCCUAUCUGUCACACAAAUCAGACUUUGUCUUCAGGGCACCCCAACACCCAGCUGUGGCUAUGGAUCCAAUUUGUCAUUGGCUGUUUUAUGGCUGGAUACCUAUAGAGGGUAUGAAGAAGAUGAGCCCAAAGGGUGGGAUUUUUUUGGGCUAACUUCAUGGGCAAGGCUAUUAAGUCUGUAAUAGUGGCUGCUGGCCUGACAUCCAGAUUCCUAAACACGUAUGGUCUGCUGUGGCACCAUUGCCCUUAGAGCUAGUUUCCCUGGGAGACAAUGUCAGCAGCAGCUGUCGUU